CUGAGAUUGGGGACAGUAGUUCCCGGGAAGAUUUAGUACAUAUUUGAUUUGAAACGUUCAAUUAAAUUUGAAGUUUGUUCGGAGUGCCGCAUCAACUACGUGCAAAGGAUUCAGAAGAAUGGUCGAGGAUUAUGUGAGAGAAUUAAGGGAAUCGAAAUUAGGUAUUAAUUUUCACGAACAUCAAAUUCUUGGUACAAAACGUAUCUUGCGAUGGUAUAGUGAGGAACAUGGUGGAAUUAUUGCCGAUGAAAUGGGUAUGGGAAAAACCUGUCAAGCAGUUGGUGCUAUCGUUUGCUUGCUUAAUGAUAACAAAGCAGGACGGCAUAUGGUUAUUUGUCCACUUUCGGUCCUCCAACAUUGGCAAAAUGAACUGUUUAGAUUUGGUCUUGGAAAACUUCGAGUUAUAACAUAUAUUGGAAAUGCUGAUGCGAGGAGAAUGAUUCGGCGAAAGUUAGAAAGCUCCAAGGAUUGGAAUGUUUUGGUUACAACCUAUGAGAUGGUGAUAAUUGAUGAGCAUCAUUUCCACUGGACAUGGUCUUCAUUAUUUAUCGAUGAAGCACAUCGUUUGAAGUCAAGCAAAUGUGUUCUCCAUCAAAUUAUUCGCAAGAUGUCUGUAGAAUUCAUGGUAUUAAUGACCGGGACACCUAUACAGAAUAAUAUCAAUGAACUUUAUUCAUUACUCUCCUUGAUUGAUGCGAACAGAUUCCCGCUUCUUGACGAAGAGCAAUUUGUUGCGAAAUAUCACAACACAUAUGACACCGCCAUGGAACUUCAACAAAUGCUUUCCAAAUAUCUUAUUCGUCGAACAAAGCAGAUACUGCGUAUCAGUAUUCCGGAUAGUUCAGAAGUUGUAUUAUAUCAUGGAAUAACUGAAAUGCAAAAGAACAUAUAUCGUGCAAUACUGAGCAAAAAUUAUAAAUACUUUGAGAAUAUGAACGAUAAGAAAACUGAGCAUACUGGCAGUAAAAUGUCAUUACUUAAUGUAUUAAUGCAGCUACGAAAAUGUGUUGCACAUCCUUAUCUUUUUGUUGGUGUGGAGCCAGAACCUUUCAAGGAAGGUGAUCAUUUAUUUGAAGUAAGCGGAAAAUUCUUUUUACUGGAUCGUCUGCUCUCACUGUUAUCUGCAAAGGGUCAUCGUGUACUUAUUUUUUCACAAAUGUCUCGUGUGCUUGAUAUCGCCCAGGAUUAUUUGAUUUAUAAAGGAUACAACUAUCGACGUUUGGAUGGAAGUGUAAGAGCCGAGGAACGGUUUGUUGCCGUAAAUCGCUUCCAGACUAAUUCAGAAAUAUUCUGUUUCCUAUUGUCAACCCGAGCUGGCGGUCUUGGAUUAAAUCUAACCGCUGGCGAUACGGUGAUUUUUUUGGAUUCGGAUUUCAACCCACAGAAUGACAUUCAGGCUGCAGCAAGAUGUCACCGAAUUGGGCAGAUGAAGCCUGUAAAAGUGAUACGUUUGAUUGCGCGUUAUACGGUGGAGGAUAUGAUACACUGUCAUGCAGCUCGGAAACUUCAAAUGACUCACGAGAUUUUGAAGGAUAACAAUGAUGCCAGGCAAAAACUAACAUUUGCGGAAAUUUCUGAUUUGAUAAUAAAGGGCUUGAAUCGACUGAAUAAUGGGAAAAUUGAUUCUGAAGAAUUAAAUAUGGAAGAAAUUGAAAAGUUGGUUGGUAGAACCGAUGAAAACGGUCACUGGAUUCAUGAUGGAAAAGAACAAGUUGUGAGCUCCGAAAAAUCAGAGUGGAAGAAGGAAGAAAGUAGCACAUUGGAAAAUAUGUAUAUCUUCGAAGGACAUGAUUAUAAACAGGAUGUUGCAGCUCUGCAGAAUAUUUUAGAUGGAUCUAAAGCCAUCAAAUUAGUUGGACAUGCUUUGGUUGGGGAGUCUGUAUCAGUUCAAAGGCGAACACGUAAACUAAUAUCAAAGGAAGAAAUGGAAAAAAGAAUAAAAAAACGAAAGGAAACAUUAGAACGGAAGAAAAAAUUGAAAGAAGAAAGAAUUGAACAGAAUAGAAAGGAACGAGAGGCGAGGAAGGCCAUGAAAUGGCUCAAAAAUAAUUACAAAAGUGGCUCUUUACCAUUUCACGAAGUGCAUGAAGUUCAACAUGAUGACAGUAACACAGAUUUUGGACCUCAUUUCGUCUAUGGCAGUGUCACGGAUACGCUAAAAAUUCCCAGUGAUAAUUCGGAUCGUGCACUUAUCGUUCAUGUUGUGGAUGAUAGUGGCAUGUUUGGUCGUGGAGGUGUGUUUGAUGCUUUAAGAAGAGUGAGUCAACAAACAGUAGAUCAGUACGAGUUAGCAGGCGAGAUGGGCGAUUUACAUCUUGGUAAGGGAUUAAGGGAUAAUAACGGUAUUGGUGAAGCUGAGCAGUCCACAUCUAGAACUUUUCCUUUUUGGAGGAAAAUAUCUGUGGUAUUAUUAGUAGCACAAGAUUACCGUAAAAGAGAUAUAAUUGACCAAGAAGUUUUGACAAAAUGUCUCAAAAAGCUUGCAUUCUAUGCGGUGAACUCAAAUGUCUCAAGUGUUCAUAUGCCACGACUUGGUUAUGAUAAGCGAAAUAUUAGUUGAUAGAAACUCAAAUAAACGUCCAGAUAAUUCUAAGAAAAUUGCACUGCAGAAAAAAACCAGAAUAAACAAUGAAGCUGGAAACGAUUUCGAAGAGAAGGAUACAGAAGGUAUGGAGCAAGUGGAAAACGAAGAGAACAGUGAAUCUAAUGCUUCAUUUUGUGUUGAGGCAGAUCAAAACAACGAAAUAAGAAGGAAGGACUGACAGGGUAAUAGCGAGUUUCACAAGCAGAACCUGAAUUUAUUGGCUUGAACUGUAAUUAAACUAAACUUUAGUUUUAGUUUAAUAACAAUUUCAAUAUACCAUGUAUCUUACGGAAGUUGUAUUGUAAAUAUUUGAAAUGUGUUUUCUCUUUUGUAUAUUUUCUGAAUACACAUAGAUCGCUCCCGUAAUGGUUGCGGAUCCGACAGCGACUAAUUAAUUUUGUCAUUAAAAUCAUUCCCAA